AUGAGUCUCACUGUGAUGAACGGUUCCUUACGAACCGCGGUCCUGGCCAGCAGAAUCCCAUGCACUUUCAGCCCCCUCAUUCUGUCCAACGCCGCCAGCGCCGCUCCCGGCAGCAGUUUGCACUUUCCGGUGCGGCACCAGCAGUGCAAAUAUAGCACCUCUUCAUUCCCCAGUGCCCAACUGCAAUACCACCAGAAGCGCCGGAUGAGCACUCGACCCAGCGAUCAAUCUCUCCUCAAGUUCCAACAAAGCCAAGUCUCGCGGAACCUGGACCAACCUGCCUCCUCCACUCCUCCCCCUUCUAUCAUCCCAAACACCACACCUCUACGCUCUGCCCGCAAAGUCUCUACGCAAGCAAGCCCCUCGCCAGUGAGAUCCCCAGACAUCCCAUCCACCCGGGGCUACACAUCACCUGAAAGCAUGCCGCUGGAUUGGAACUCAUUCUUCCGCCUCCGGGCCUCCCGUCGCAAAUACUCGCUAAUAUCCUCAAUCAUUGCCUCCGUUUGCAGCACCGCCGGCGGUGUCCAGGUACUGGUGGCGAACAACAUAGAUACAACGGGUGCACAGGCGUUGGGUCUUGAUCCGUUUAUUGUCUUGGGACUGGCAACUGCCUCAUGUGCGGCGUUAGGUUGGUUGCUUGGUCCGGUACUAGGCAAUUCGCUUUGGGGUCUUGUACAUAGGAAAAACAAGGCCGCUGUUGCAGUGAAAGAAAAGGAAUUUUACAGCCGGAUAAAGCGCUUCCGCGUGGAUCCAUCUGCCAAUUCGUAUUCCAACCCAGUCCCCGACUACUAUGGCGAGAAGAUUGGCAGCAUCCAGGGAUACCGUCAAUGGCUCAAAGACCAGCGAGCGUUUAAUCGGAAGAGACGGAGCUUCAUUUGA